AUGAAGGUGAUCCUAGUUUGCACACUACAAGGGGAGGUUCUUAGUGAGGCCCCAGUCAGUGUCCGGAAGCUGAGCAUCAUUCCAGAGAACGAGCCAGAUCCAGGGAAGGCUGACACAGGCCAGGCCUCCCAUGAUCCUCAGCGGCCCAGGGAGAAGGACAGCUCCACUUCUCUUUUCACUGUGAACAAGUACAGCAGGAACUCCUCCUCAUCAGACUCUCUUUCCACCUCCUCUCAUCAGACUGACACAGGAGCUGACUGUGCAGGGAUUGUCCUGAACUGCCUCUUCUGUAGGUUCUACGAUCUGUUCCUCAUGUUGCCAAACUCCUGUGACGAAGCCACCUAUUGCUGCUGCCCUUCCUACAGACAGUACUCCUCCUCAGUGGAGGCCAUACCUAGCAAUGACUGCAACUGUAACUUUGACUUUGACUGUGGCCUGUUUGACUCCUGUCAAGAGACAGGUGAGUUUCUGGAGCUGGCUAUGGAGCUUUCUGAGAUAUGUUAUCGCUAGCUAUCCUUAACGUUAUGGGCUGAAGAACAAGGAGGCUAAGCUAGGGCGAACCUGCAGUCAUGGCACAGCAUAUGUUCAACAAAUAGGCCUAAGAAUAUACUGCUAACAUGGGGACUGAUGUUGAACUGGGAAUUUACAAGGCUUUAACCUUGCAGUUAAGAGAGAAUGGCUGCUCCUCAACCUCUAUGAACAAAAUAAAUAAUCCUUUUCAUCAUGGACUUGCAUUCACUGAAGGAUGGUAGAGGGGUCAAACCAUGACCUUUAGACGGGUCAAACCAUGACCUUUACUAGUUACCUUGUAUCAGCACGACAUUGACCUAGCUUGUUGCAUGUGUAGUAUUGUAUGUGUUAGCAAAUCUAAGCCUAUGUGCUGAGGUCCUAACUGCAGAGAACAGUGAGGUACACAGUGGACAAUGCCUGCUCUGAGUGUUGUGGAUUCAACCCCUGAAGUGUUGUACACCAACAGACACCCCAGCUUCUGCAUGUCAGUUCCUUUUUCUUUUUUUCUGAAAUACAAAAAAAUCUUAAAGGCUUUCAUGUUCACAGGUCUAUUUCAAUGUAGUGUCAUUGUUACCACAGAAACAGUUGGAGAUGGCAUGUCUAGGACAUGUCUAGGACACUCGUCCGUGUAGUUCCCAUCGAACUCUGUUCGUGAAGAUGGUCCUCUCAAGUGGCGGCUGACUGUUUGGAUCACUUCAAUCUGAAAUGGGUCCUUGUCAUAUAAUAGGACAUGGACACUGGAGUAUUGGUGGGUAUGUCACUCUCUCUAGGUAAAGUACACAGCAAGAGCAGCAUGAAGUAAUGCAUCAUCUGUUUCUCUGGGAGGUCAGGCAGACAGGGCCCGUCUACUCUUCAUCACCAUGGACACCGAGGGUUAUUAUGUUUCUCUGGGAGGUCAGGCAGACAGGGCCCGUCUACUCUUCAUCACCAUGGACACCGUGGGUUAUUAUGUUCCUCUGGGAGGUCAGGCAGACAGGGCCCGUCUACUCUUCAUCACCAUGCACACCGAGGGUUAUUAUGUUCCUCUGGGAGGUCAGACAGACAGGGCCCGUCUACUCUUCAUCACCAUGGACACCGAGGGUUAUUAUGUUUCUCUACUCGCUAAACAUUUCUUUUCUGUUAUCAGAUGUGAGGACCAACAGUGUAAUCCUGUUGUACAAACAAGAAGAAAGUCUCAGCCCAGUUGUCUGAGACACUGAGCUCAUGUAAUGCUGUUGUAUUGUUUGCUAAGAGUUAGAAAGUUAUACCGGUUUAUAUGAAAAUGCAUAUGGAGAGUAUUUGUGAAAAAACACGAAAGCUUUUGAUUGUGAACGUUAGGCUAACUAUUGUAUGAAAACUGGAUCUUGACGUUUUAAGAGGACUUAACCACAGUAUGCUAAAAUUAAAUUGGUGACACUCCUGCCUAGACCGCAGUACAGUAGAACAAACAGUAACACUGUAUGCAGACACCUAAUGACCAUGUAUAGUAAGUAUUUUGUGCAGAAUGGGAACGCUGCUUGUGACCAAUUUGCUUAUUAACUGCAGCGGCACAAUUACAAAGCUGACUACUCCAGCUAAUACUGCACCAUAAAAUCUAUUGAAGGUCCGUUGUGGGUUUUUUAAACAUAAAGUGUGUCUGCAUAAACAGAUGCUUGGCUUAAACUGAAAACAUCUGCCUGUCUUAAACUCGCUGGAACUCUUUCAAAUUACCUGAUAGCUUGGGGAGCAGCAUGGGUUUUAGGAUCUCCAAUGCAUUUUAAUCACAUCCAAAUGGCCUGUCCUUUAGUUCCCCGGUUCACAGGAUGUCCCAGCUAGAUGUCCCAGCUCAGUCCAGGAGGAGAGGAGGAGGUCAAGUGGCUGUCAUUGCUUUGUACUGUACCACAUGCAUGCGGUUAAAUGGCUGCUCACAGAAUAGUGUUGACCCAUUAUCUUGCACGUCUCACCACUGUUCACAGCUGAACUCAAAACACGUGUGCAAAGAGUCUAAUCUUUUAACAUCGGCUUUGUUAUUGUGGUUGUAUAAUGUUGUGCUGGGAUAAUUCUCCAUUAUUGUGUUUAGUGAUGCUAGACUUGCAUUAACUAAAGUUUAUCUUAUUAUCUGUUGUGUUAGCUGGCAUGUUGACAUGCAUCUCUGCUCUCUAAUCGGAUGUGAGUUUUUCUUUGGAGUUUGAGGCCCCAAUCGCUUUAUUAGUGUGAUGCAGGCUCUUCCUCCAGAGCACACAGCCCUAAUACAACCUCCCCUCAGACCCUCUCACACAGCCCUAAUACAACCUCCCCUCAGACCCUCUCAAACAGCCCUAAUACAACCUCCCCCAGACCCUCUCACACAGCCCUAAUACAACCUCCCCUCAGACCCUCUCACACAGCCCUAAUACAACCUCCCCUCAGAC